AUGAAACAGAGUACAAACGGUAAUUUGGAUUCCUCUGUGUCUGAAGUUCAUUCGCUUGCAAAUGAUAUAGCCAUAAUUGGGUUAGCAGGCCGCUUCCCUGGUGCUGAUAAUAUAGAAGAAUUUUGGUCUAAUCUCAUCAAUGGUGAAGAAAGCCUAAGUCAAUUUAGUGGCCAAGAUUUAGAUUAUGCAAAUUUUAGUAGUCAAUCGAUGCCCAACUCAACCUAUGUAAAAGUAAAUGGAUGGUUGGGUAAAAACAAAUCAAAUGAAGACCAUACUCGCAACAUUUUUGGGUUUGAUGCGAGUUUCUUUGGUUAUUCCCGACGGGAAGUAGAACUUUUGGAUCCACAGCAACGUCUGUUCCUAGAAAUAUGCUAUCAAGGAUUAGAGGAUGCUGGCAUAGUAGCGGAUGAUUUUCAAGAUGAAAAUAAAACUAUUGGUGUAUUUGGUUCCGUCGGAUGGAACGCUUAUUUGAACGAGUAUGUGCUAUCAAAUCAAGCAGACGAUAGUACCAUUAAUACAUAUGGAUUAAUAAUAAAUAACGAUAGUAAUUUCUUAUGCACACGUGUAUCCUUUAAAUUAAAUUUGUGUGGACCUUCGGUUGUGGUUCAAACAGCUUGUUCUUCAUCUUUGGUAGCCAUUCACAUGGCUAAAGAAGCUAUCAGACGCGGUGAGUGCCACAUUGCCAUAGCUGGGGGUGUCAGUUUAGAUGAAUUAAACAAAAAAGGCGAUACUUAUACAGCUGAUCACAUUUUGUCACCAGAUGGUCAUUGCCGAGCAUUAGAUGCAUCAGCUAAUGGAACCGUGCCGGCACAAGGAUUGGGAGUUGUCGUACUAAAACCGCUUGCGGCGGCGCAACGAGAUUAUGAUCAAAUCUAUGCAGUCAUUAUUGGAUCGGCUAUCAACAAUGAUGGAUCCAACAAAGCCAGUUAUGCAGCACCCAAUCCAUUAGGUCAAAAGAAAGUGAUAGAAAAAGCCCUGAUUGACUGUCAACAAACUGAAGUAAAGAGUUAUAUGUAUUAUAUUGAGUGUCAUGGUACUGGCACACAACUAGGAGAUAUGAUUGAAUUAACGGCAUUAAGUGAGGUGUAUUUCAACCAGAAAAUUCAACGUACAAUUGCAAUUGGAAGUGUAAAGAGCAAUAUUGGUCAUGUAGAUGCUGCAGCAGGUGUAGCUGGACUAAUCAAAACAACACUAACAUUGUAUAGAAAGCAACUGCCACCAUCAAUAAAUUGCCAAAAUCCGAACAAAGUUAUUAAAGAAAAUAAUCAAUUAUUUCAUGUCAACAGACAAUUAACGAACAUAUCUGUGGCGAAUUCGCCCAUCUAUGCCAGUAUUAGCUCAUUUGGAAUCGGAGGCACCAAUGCGCAUAUGAUCAUUCAACAAUAUCAAGUCGAACCAAGACUCAUUAGCAUUUCUUCAACUUCGAACUAUCACGUAUUGUGUUGGGCAGCCAAAACUUCAGAAGCAGCCAACAAGAUGCGUAUACAGUUGUUCGACUGCAUGAAGAGCCAUUCAGAAGUUCAGAAUACAUACUAUCGUAAUGCUGCUUAUACAAGUCAAGUUGGACGUAUACAUUAUAGACAAGCGAGACAGAUUAUUGUGGCCAAAGACACACUGCAUGCAAUGAAAAAACUACUGGAGUGUACAUCACCAGCCAUAUCUACUCUUUCAAUAUUACCUGUAUUCAUAUUUAUAUUUCCCGGUCAAGGUGUUCAGUAUAGUGGCAUGGGCAUAAAUCUCUAUCAACGAUUGCAAAGCUUUCGUACAUUUGUGGACCGAGUAUGGUUUUCAUUUCUCAAAUGUGUUCAAUCAAACGCUUCUUUAUAUGAUCAGAUCACGAAUGAAACAAUCAGAGCAUUAUCAAUAGAAGAAUUAUGGAAUUCAUCUACUAAUAGGGACAGCAAACUAUUGUGGCUAUCUCAAGUUGGUUUAUUCUUGUUGCAAUAUUGUCUUUCCAUGUGGUUGAUCAAUAUGGGACUUAAAAUGGACGCAUGUAUAGGACACUCGUUAGGACAUUAUGUUACUGCAGUAUUUGCUGGUAUAUUAAGUGUCGAUUGUGCCAUGUUAAUGCUUUUGAAAAGAUGUGAAUUAUUAUAUUUACAUAUCAGACAGAAUGCAAGAGGAGCGCUGCUGUCUAUUAAAAUUAGUCACGAUACUGCACUGAAAAUGUUACCUGACGAUAUUGAAAUAGCGGCAAUCAAUAGUCCUUGUCAUAUUACCGUAGCCGGAAGUGAUACCACAAUAGUUGCUUUACACGAAAGGCUUAGUUCUGAUAAAGUAGCUAGUGCACCUGUAAAACGUAGCCAGUACGCGUUUCAUUCAAAAUUUGUGGACGGCAUUUUACCUGAGUUCGAAAAUUUCAUAGCGCAUCUGAAUGAAAAAGAAAUCAACAAACCAAUUACUAGUUGUGUCCACUGUGCUGAUACCGUUACUGGUACACUUUUGCUCAAAGAUCAUUCACCAAAACUCAAUAUCGAUGCUUCUUAUUGGACUACUCAUUGUCGUCAGUCAGUUCAGUUUAGCUCUGCGCUAGAAAAUUUGAUAUGUUCUCAAACUAAAAUUAAUCCAAGCUUUGUUUUUCUGGAUUUAGGACCAGGACGAAGUUUUUUCUCGUUUUUACAGAAUCAAUCUUAUUGUCAUGCGAAUCCAGAUAAAUGGUCAUAUUAUCAAUUGUUAUCUAGCUAUCAAAACUUUGAACAUCUAAAAGACACAGAAUUGGACGAAAAUGAAGACUGUACUGAUGAUUACUUCACCAUGAUGGUAUUGGGUGAAUGCUGGAAAAUGGGAGUAGAUAUAAAGUGGACAGAGUUGUACACUUAUUCCAAUGAAUUAGAACAUCCGAAAAAAAUUUCCUUGCCGUUAUACCCAUUCAAUCACGACAAUAUUUAUGUAUUAUCUAAAUCACAAAAAUUACAGAAUAGGCUAUCAAUGUGUCCUUCUGUAUCACGGCAAUCCCUGUCACAUUCUGAGGUUAGGAAUUAUUCAACGGAAGUUAAAAGCUUACCGAAAAUAUCUUCAAGCGUACUUGAUGGCGUUAUUGAAUGUUUUGCUUCAGUUCUUGGUGGCUCUGUUUCGUCCUAUUCUCUUACAUCAGACUUCUUCGCUUUAGGUGGUGAUUCCUUAUCUGCUGCGCAAUUUACGUCAAUAUUAAAUAACAAAUGCGGCUUAGAUACUUUACCUAUCGGAAAACAGAUACAGACACGUACGCUGUUAACUUGCAAAAGUGUUUCGGCAUUAGCUGCAUUAAUCACAACGUUUCUCAGUCGAAGCCCAGAAGUAGAAAAUCCAAUAAUGAGUACGGCAUCGGUCGCAGAUAUUUCACUUUCAAAUGCGAGCAUUCUUCCAGAGUCUGGCAUGCCUUUGUUUUACGAAUCACUCUAUUUACUACAAGAAGGAAGCUUAAAAAGUUCCCUUUUGCCAUUGGUACUGGUACACGCAGCAAAUGGUGAUGUGUCGCAAUAUCAAGCUCUUGUGGUUCAUUUGCGUAGUGACCAAAUUGUUAUGGCAUUUCGUGCGCCAAGUUUGGAUGGAGUCACGAAGACUCAUUCAUCUCUUGUUGAUAUGGGAAAAGAUUACUUGACAACUUUAAUGCAUGAAAAAAGUCCAUUUAUGCACUACUAUCAUUACUAUUGUAAGAACCAUCCGAAUGCUACAAAUGUUCCCUUUUUGCUUGGUGGACAUUCCUUUGGGGGGCUAGUUGCCUAUGAAAUGGCCUGUCAACUACACAACAUGACAACUAACUGUGUCGUAUCUGGUCUUUUACUGCUUGAUAGUCCUGCACCAGGUAAAAAAAUUAAUGAAAAGAUAUCUGAUGAUGCAGAUCUAUUGGAUUAUUUUAUUCAUUAUUCAACAAACUCUUUCAUCCAUAGGCCUAUUGCAGAUGAAUUACGAGAGAGACAUAAACAUGAAAAAAUUGACAUGCUUGAAUUAGCGAAAUCCUACUUGCCUUCAGCCUUUUAUGCGGAAUUGCCGCAUGCGCUACCAACACUCCGAUCCGCUAUGCGAAUUUACAGUUCACAACUAUCACCUGACACACUUAAGGCUGCCUAUAUUGGAAGUAUAAUAUUCUUUCGUCCUGGAAAUGUCGGAACACAUCCUGAUAGUGUCCAUCGGUCAUUGCAUUUGGAUUGGCUUAAAGUCUUGAAUAACAGCAAAUCUACUUUUGUCUUGGAGCAUGUGCCAGGUGACCAUGUGACAAUGAUGCAAGCAGGUCAUGUAGCGCAAGUGGGCAAAGCAGUUCAAAAGUGGUGUGAGAUAUUGUCUGCAUAA